GUAAAGAGACGCAUCAAGCAAACCCUCUCUUCUCCACUCUCCAAUGCCUACGAAGGAUCGAGGGUUUAAGGGCCGGCACCAGUGAUGCCCCAACUACCUGGCGAUCGUUGUCAUCGAUUUCCCCCGUUUUUUCUUGUUUGUGGGUUGGAUUUUCACGGGUUUCCCCAAAGGCAUUCGUCAUUUAUUAAUAAGUUUAAAAACCAGUGUCGAAUGCUUCAUUGACGUUGAAGCAUGUGGAUGGCGAGGAAUAUUCAAAGGCUUCGCUUAAGAACUCUCUCCUCUCUCCUCCCAUACAGUAACAGCAUCAGCAGGGAUGUUUUGCUGGUAAGUAAUGAUACCCCAAAAAUUGUUGCAAGUGGUAACUCGGUUCAAUCGAGUUUAGCAGGCAAAGACUGCUUCUUAUCCUCUUCCCCGCUGUGGGGUUGCUUUGUUGGGUCUCGCUCUAUGUCGGUAAAGACAGGGAGGAGUAUGCGAAGCAAGGUCGAGAAGAGGCUGAGAUAUGAAGCUGGGAAACCCCUUAGGGAGAGGAGGCGAGCGGCCAAGUUGCGGAAGAAGUUGAUGACCGACGAGGAGAGGCUCAUUUACAACCUUAGAAGAGCCAAGAAGAAAGUGGCAUUGCUCCUGCAAAAGCUGAAGAAGUAUGAGCUGCCAGAAUUACCACCCCCUCGACAUGACCCUGAGUUAUUGACUUCUGAGCAACUUCAGGCAUAUAAAAAGAUCGGCUUCAGAAACAGAAAUUAUGUUCCUGUUGGUGUUAGGGGAGUCUUUGGUGGUGUUGUCCAAAAUAUGCAUCUCCACUGGAAGUUCCAUGAGACUGUACAAGUCUGUUGUGAUAAUUUUCCCAAGGAAAAAAUCAAAGAGAUGGCAACCAUGCUUGCACGGCUGAGUGGCGGUAUUGUAGUUAACAUACAUGAUGUGAAAACAAUUAUUAUGUUCCGUGGAAGAAACUAUCGGCAGCCAAAGAAUUUGAUACCCAUCAAUACUCUUACAAAAAGAAAGGCAUUAUUCAAAGCCAGGUUUGAGCAAGCACUGGACUCUCAGAAACUAAAUAUUAAGAAGUAUGAGCAGCAGCUCCGCCGAAUGGGUGUAAAUCCUGAGGAUCCAGUUGCCAUGGCCAGCAUCCAGAGAGUAGCCUCAACAUUCUUUAAUGCCAUUGAUAAGAAGGAAAGCAGUCCUUAUGUUUUCUAUGGGGAUAAACAACCAGCUGUUGAACUUGGUAGUCGGGAAGAUCCAGAGAAGCCCUCUGAGGAUAGUGACCAAGAGGAGCUUGAUAGAUUCAUAGCUGAGAUUGAGGAUGCAGCAAAUCAAGAAUGGGAAGAAGAGGAAGCUAAAGAGAAACAAGAGUUGGGUAGAAUGAGGUACUGGAAUAGAGAAGAUUGGGGUGACAGAGGCCGAUCAUCAUAUAAUGGUGAUUCAGAGUAUGAGACCACAGGGAGGGGAAGGGAUCGGAAUGAUACAUGUGGUAGGCAUAGGAACGUUGGUGUACGUAAAAAUGAUAAUGAUCAUGAAGAUGGGGCCCUCGAGGCAUCAGGUGAUGAAGACUGGGAUUCUCAUAGUAUGGGAGAUGCAGGUUAUACGGAUGAUAAUGCAGUUGAUUCUGAUGAAGAUAACAAGGAGUUCAAGCGGCAAACUAGAGUGAACGGGAAACAGCAGAGGAGAGAGGGAGACAAGAAAAAUACUUCUGAGAAGAAUGUUAGGGCCAGCAGAAGUGGGAAGAACGCCAGAGAGGACUCUGGGUCGGAGAAUAUGUUUGGGGACUCGGAAAAUGAAUUGUGGGACUCAGGUGAUGAAGAAGAACAUGAUUCAAUAGCUCCAGGGGAUACUGAUAAUUUUAUGGGCAGGAGUGAUGAAGAGGAGGGCCAUACCAGUAACAAUGAUUGGCAGCAUGGGAACAACAGAAGGAUUAAAACAACAAAGCAGGUGGAUGAAACAUGGGACAGUGAUUAGCUUAGUGAUACAGAAGAGCAAUGUCCUCAUCUGAAUUCAACCAAUUUUGUCUCUCUUUCUAAUACAUUACUGGAGGUGAUUGAAAGAGGAAAAUGUACUUUCAAGAAAGUAGAGAUUACGGUAUUA